GUUUAUUUUUCUCCUGCGCUUCCUGCUCCGGGACUCCGGGCUCCGUGCGGGAGCCUCCCCUGCGCCCUCUGCCCGGCCCGGGCCCGGGCCCCAGCCGGGGGGAAUGGCCCUGCUGCCCCCGGCGCUGCGGGGCGCCAAGCCCAAGCACAGCCUGCCCCCCCACUACUACGAGGGCUUCCUGGAGAAGAAGGGGCCCCAGGACAAGGGGUAUAAGAAGUACUGGACAGGCCUGCGGGGACUCACGCUGUUUUUCUACAAUGCCAGCCGAGACGUGCAGUACGUGGAGAAGAUCGACCUGGACACCUUCGUGUCCCUGAGCGACAGCUACCUCCAGAGCGGCCCCAGGGCCAGCGACGACGGGAUGGGGCUCAACCUGAAGCUGAGGGGGCAGGAAGUGAAGUUAAAGGCCGAGAGCCUGGAGGCUCGGGAGAUGUGGAAGGGUUUCAUCCUCACCGUGGUGGAGAUGAAAGUCCCCUCCAACCUCACGUUGCUGCCCGGCCACAUCUACAUGAUGUCCGAAGCCCUCUCCAAGGAGCAGGAGCGACAAGCCCAGCUGAGCCAGCGCUGCACCGCGAGCUCUCUCGACUAUGAGUUGUUGGAGGAACAGAUGCCGGACUGCUAUUUCAAGGUCUCCAGGACAGAGGCCCAGGUCCUGCUGGAGAGGAACCCGGACUGCGGCAACAUGCUGCUGCGGCCGGGGGGCGACGGGAAGAGCAUCUCGGUGACCACGCGUCAGAUGCUGAACAGCACCCCGGUUGUGAAGCACUACAGAGUGAACCGCAUGGGACAGCAAUAUGUCAUCGACGUCGAGCAGCCGCACCGCUGCCCCUCCCUGGCCGACGUGGUGGAGUACUUCGUCUACAACACCAAGAAGACCCUGGUGCCUUUGAGCCUGGAUGAGGACUACGCGGAGAAGUUAGAGUAUGUGGAGACCGAUAAGGAGAACGGAGAGAGCGUCUGGGAAGCAUCCAUGCCCCCCUGCCCAAAGCCCCCCAGAGUGGAUGCAAUGCUUCCGCCCAACUUCAGAAAAAACCAUCAGGCGAAGCCCCCUGUCCCUACCCCGGUGUUUGAGAAGAGGGAGGAGGAUGAAGAACAGGCCUACGUGAAUGACGAAGAUGUGGCAGCCAUCACGGGAACAAAGCCGAAGCCAGCCAGCCAGGGCGCCGUGAAGGUGAUCUGGGGAGGGGGCGGCCAGACCAAGGCGCUGCCUAUACCAACCGGCGAGCCAGGCAAGCCAGCCACUAAAGGCCAGUUUACCAGAAGCCCCAGCAGCACCCUCAACCUACGGAAACAUGGUAGCAGCUCCUCCCGCCAGGCCACGUCGUGGGGCGGAGACAUCUCAGAGGAGCUCGCGCGGAAGCUACAGGAGCGAAGAGCCAACCUUGAGAACUGACCUGCUGCCCUGCGCGGAUGGCCUGGCGGGCGAGGAGGCUUCUGCUGGGGACACAGGGUUCCAAUCCUCUCGGGGAACCAAACCAUGGCCCCCAACCUCUCCCGGCUCUUGUGCAGCGUUGAUCACGUACCCAGGGCCCGCCCCUGCUUUUCUGGCCCUUUCCCAGCACUGUGAGACAGGAGUUUGUAGGGCUCCCAGCACCCUCUGCCCAACUGCAGCCCCCCCCCCGAGAUAGCUUUAGCUCUGGGCCCUUCACAGUGAUUUUUCUAGGGACAAGGCUGCCACCUCGCAUGGGCCCUGGCUGUCCCCCUUCCAUGGCUCAGAGUGGCUGCCCCUUAGCCUGGUAGGAUGUGGGUGCCACGUGCCUGGACAAGCAGCAAGUGCCAAAGGGAGGGAAAGAUGCCCCAUGGGCGGAUCUGGGCACGGCUGGGUGCCCUCGCCACCAGAGAGGAAGCUAAUCCAGACCCCGGCAGCUGUGCUUGGCCCUGCUGCAGAGCAGAGCAAGGGGGUCGCUGGGGGCAAUGCCAGAGCACUUUUAAUAGCCAUGUGAUUCCCACUGUGCCAGGAGGGCUGUGGGCGAGGGGCUAAUCCCGCCCCCAACUCAGGGAGGAAGCGCCAGGGGUUGUGUGCUGCGCUCAGACUCAUGGGCCUAGGCCAGGCCCUUUGCAUGCUGCGGUUCAGGGUUAAAAGGCACGGGCGGCGGGGGAGAUGGGUGAUGCCUUCCUAUGCCCAGUUUGCUUAGGGGUGUUUCACAGUGCAGGGUAAACCAAAGGCAGAGCUGGGGGGCAGGAGUGGCACACCUGUGGCUGGCAUGCCAGGGGGGCUGCAAGCUAGAAUUAUGGGGCAGCUGGCCAGGGGGUAUCCCAGGGGGGCUGCAGGUUGGGUUUGGGGAGGCAUCAGCAAAGCUGUAUGUAGGGGGAGCCCAGGGCAGUCCUGAAGUGGGGUGCAUUGACAGGUGUGCCUCAGGGAAGCCCCUUGGCUGGACCGGGGGGAGGGGCGGCUGCAGCUGAGGGCACUGGCCGAGCUGGGAGCGGGGCCCAGGGCUGGUACAGCAGGGAGCUCCUGUUUGGAACUGGGGGUGCUGGCAGGGUGAUGCGUGGGAAGGUCUUGUGGCCCCUGCCAACACGCCCCAGGACUCCAGGGAGCUGCUCAGUCCCUCCCCCGCGUCCACACUGAUCAAUCAGAACAGCCAGCCUGGGUCAGCCCAAUGGUCCAUCCAGCCCAGGACCCUGUCUUCCACCAGCGGCCAGUGCCCGAUGCUUCGGAGGGAAUGAACCGAACAGGGCAGUUAGUGAGUGAUCCAGUCCCAGCUUCUGCCAGUCAGAGGCUACAGGCACCCAGAGCAUGGGGUUACGCCCCGACCAUCUUGGCUAAUUGCUGGUGAUGGACCUACCCUCCAUGAAUGGAUCUAAUUCCUUUUUGAACCCAGUUAUACUUUUGGCCUCCACCACAUCCCCUGGCGACGAGUUCCACAGGUUGACGGUGCAUUGUGUGAAGAAAUAUUUCCUUUUUGUUUGCUUCAAACCAGCUGCCUAUUAAUUUCACUGGGUGACCCCUGGUUCUUGUAUUAUGUGAAGGGGUAAAUAACACUUCCUUCUAUCAUAUCCCUCCUUAGUCGUCUCUUUUCCAAGCUGAAAAGUCCGUCUCUUCAACCUCUCUUCCUAGGGAAGCUGUUCCAUCCUCCUAGUCAUUUUUAUUGCCCCUCUCUCUCUUUUCAAAAUUCCAAUAUAUCGUUUUUGAAAUGGGGCAACCAGAACUGCAGGCAGUAUUCAAGAUGUGUCCGUAUCAUGGAUUUAUAUGGUGAUAUUAUGAGAUUUUCUGUCUUCUUAUCGAUCCCUUUCCUAAUGGUUCCUAACCCUGUUUAGCUUUUUUGACUGCCGCUGCACAUUGACCAGAUGUUUUCAGACAAUGAUUCACAAUGGCUCCAAGAUCUCUCUUUUGAGCAGUAACAGCUAAUUUAGAUCCCUAAUUUUCCUAAUUCCCUUUGGGGGGAAAAGCUCCUUCGUUCCUCUCAGGGUGAAUCAGUAUUCUUCCAAAUGUCAAAUUCCCUUUAAAGCCUCAGCCAUGAAUCAUUCCCUCUCCCAGGCAAGGGCCUAUCCCUGAACCCCCUGCCAAUCUCUGAUCUGAGCAGGCUGCCUCCCUUCCCGUCCUGCUAACCCCUGCAAGAAGGGGCCCAGGGAGUCUGGCCUGGCCUGUGCACCGGACUUUUUCAAGCAGUGAGCUGGGCCGCUUGUCUUUGGCACGUGCCAUGGUGCGCCAUGAUGCUAGACCUGGUGACACACGGCCCGUCCCUCUCCAUCCUGUAUGUUGCACUUGUAGUGCCUUGAAAGCGGCGGUGCUGUGCUGCUCUACGCCAGCUGAGGACGGGCUCGUUGGCUCUCCGGCUGGAGGGAGCUCUGUGCUUUGGAAGGGAUUUGUACUGUGUGAUUGUUACCCACUUUGCAUACAUUGCUAAUAAAAGCGACUGUUUUCCCUCGA